AUGGAUGAGGCAGCAUCGUGCAGCCGGCAGCGCGGCCCCGGGCUCCUGAGCCUGCCCAGCUCCGUCUUGGAGGCCAUCUUCGCGCUGGUGGACCUCCGGCAGAGGGCGGGCGUGCUGCCUCUGGUGUGUGCCGCCGUGCGGCGCCAGCUGGCCGGGCCCAGCGCCAGCCUCUGGCACGACCUGCGCUUUGAGUGCGACAUCGCGCACGCCAGCCAGCGCACCCGCGCCACCAGCUUCCUGGCCUGGCUGCGGCGCCAUGGGCAGCACAGCCGCGCGCUGCAGCUGGACAUGUGGAAUGGCGGGCAGCCGCCGCCGGCGGAGCAGGAGGGGGUGCACCGGGCGCUGCGGGAGGUGCUGGAGGCGACGCUGGCGGCCAGCCUCCCCAGCUGCGAGUUCCUGCGCCUGCGCUGGGGCGGGCGCGUGCUGGUGGUGGGCGACUGGGCAGCCGCCGCCACCUCCCUCACCUGCCUGGCACUCAGCGGUCACGAGGUGUGCGUGGGUAGCCCGCUGGGCGCGCUCAGCUCGCUGGUACAUCUGGAGCUUUCCACCACAGAAGACAUCGGCCCCAGCCUGGAGCCCGGGUGCCUCCCCGCCUCCCUCACCCGCCUCUGCUGCGUGCCCGCGCCCGCGUCGGCGCCACCGCCGCUCGGCGACGACGACUGGCCGGGGCUGGCGGAGGCGCAGAUACCGGAGGAGGCGCUGGCGCUGCCGCACCUCGUCUACCUGGAUGUAUCGGGCGGCAUCCCUGCGCAGCUGUCGCUGCUCACGAGGCUGCGGGUGCUCUCCUUUGACGGCUGCCCGGCGCAAGAGGUGGAGGACGCCCUGCAGCCCUCAUGGACGGUGCUGUCGGCCCUCACCCGCAUCGCCUCCCUGUCCAUCAGCAACAGCCGGCUGGAGAGCGUGCCGCCGGCGCUGGCGGCCAUGCCCUCGCUGCAGGGCUGCCCCAGCGCGGGCGCCACCGCCACGCGCAGGCCCUCAAAUGCGCGCCGCCCCGUGCGCCGCGCGCGCACGCGCCAGUGGGGCGCCGCCCCCGCCUCCACCUCCGCCGCGCCGAUCAGCAGCUCGUGA